AGCUGCUGCUGCUGCUGCCACGCUGCUCCAGCCGGUCAGCGAAAAUGGCAGGAGGCAGAAAGAGGAGUCCUGCUGGCCCGCCCAAACUGUCCGCAUUUCUCAGCGCCAUAUGGAGGGAUAAGCACUUGGUUUUAUUCAAAGCAGAGUACACUUUCCUGGUGGCGGCGGUGCUCUGGGUUUUGGAAAUCGGCAUCAACGUGUGGGUCAUUCAGAAAGUUGCAUAUACGGAGAUCGAUUGGAAAGCCUACAUGGAUGAGGUUGAGGGUGUCAUCAAUGGCACGUAUGACUACACGCAACUGAAGGGAGACACUGGACCGUUGGUGUAUCCAGCGGGCUUUGUGUACAUAUUCACUGCACUUUAUUAUAUUACGGAUCAUGGGCUGAAUAUCAGGCUGGGUCAAUAUGUGUUUGCUGGCUUCUACCUCAUCACCCUCCUGCUGGUCUUCCGCAUCUACCACCGCACCAAGAAGGUCCCGCCGUACGUUUUCUUCUUUGUGUGUUGUGCAUCCUAUCGGAUCCACUCCAUCUUCGUGCUCCGUCUUUUUAAUGACCCUGUGGCCAUGAUGCUGCUGUUUGGAGCAGUCAACCUCUUCCUGGAUGCGCACUGGACACUGGGCUGCGCCCUCUACAGUUUGGCCGUGUCUGUGAAGAUGAAUGUGAUGCUCUUCGCUCCAGGACUCCUCUUCCUUCUCCUCUCAGAAUUUGGAUUGAUAAAGACCCUGCCCAAGCUCAUGCUCUGCGCUGUCAUCCAGCUUUUGCUAGGUUGGCCUUUCCUCUUAGUGAAUCCAGUGGGUUAUGUGAGCCGGGCGUUUGAUCUGGGUCGUCAGUUCCUGUUUAAGUGGACAGUAAACUGGCGCUUCCUACCAGAGGAGAUUUUCCUUAGCAGGUAUUUUCAUCUGGCCCUCCUGCUCGCUCAUCUGACCACACUCAUCUUCUUUGCUCUGAAGAGAUGGAAGAGGUCUGGGAGCAGUGUUUGGGCUCUUCUGAAAGAUCCCUCUGAAAGGAAGGAGACGGCACAGAAGCUCACUGCUGAUCAGAUCAUCCUGGUUCUUUUCACCUCCAACUUCAUCGGUAUGUGUUUCUGUCGUUCACUGCAUUAUCAGUUCUAUGUCUGGUAUUUCCACACCCUGCCUUACCUGCUGUGGAGCGGUGGGGUUAAGAAGCUCGCUCACCUGCUCAGAGUGUUGAUACUGGGCCUGAUAGAGUUGGCGUGGAACACAUACCCCUCCACCACGUACAGCUCUGUGUCUCUGCAUGUCUGUCACCUCAUCAUACUGCUGUGUUUGUGGCUGAACCCCACCCCGACCCCUCAGGCCCUGCAGACAGAGUCCCACAACAAGGCCAAGCGCCACUAAGCCCUUUUCUUACUAGAUUCCUCCCUGCGUGGGGCAUCCCGGGCCCUCCACACCCUGCUUCUGCUCCUUCCCCCAUCAAUGCCUCCACUGACUAUCAGUCUUACCAGCUUAAACUGCACUUGCCAUGGAUUCAGUCUGUGACAUCUAAGGGGUGUGGGGUUCAGAUGCCAGUAAAGCUGCCCAGUGUACAGGGAAAAUUGGGAUGGAAAACAAAGAUUCUCAGGAUUUUAAAAGGACUAUGUGCGAAAGGACUUGGAACCUGGAAAAGAAAAUGUGAACGUUGUGUGGAUCAGCAGUGUAAAGCAAGUUUGAACCUUGAGAUAGUUUUCCUGGAAAUGGACUAGACCUAGUCUAGACUGUCAAUUAUUAUUCAUUUUGAAAAGUCUUUUUUAGUCUCCACUUAAAGGAAUACUCCAGCGCUUUUCAACCUAAUCUGCCUAAUCUGUAGAUCAUUACCACAAAAAGUAAUUUUGACACAAGGUCCCUGGAAUAAACAACAAAAAACCUGUUGAUUUGAAUAAAGGCAGUGGGCAGGUACUUCAAUCCAUUAACUCACUUCACUUCUGUCUGAGAUUGAGUUUUCUGUAGGGAUAUUAACCCACUACCAUGGAAAUGCAAUGGCAGCUUGCUCUCACUUUUUCCAGGCAAAUGAUUGUCCAUGAAGAUUAGAUUGAAAAACGCUGGAGCUAAAUUUUGGUUCCUGUAUCUAGGAGCAUCAACAUGACCUGAAGAGACCGCUGGCGAUGCGUACAUAGAGAUGCUGUAAUUACGCCUUGUUUACAGCAGUGGUUACCAACCUUCUUCUUAUAUCUGUCUUUCUUUAGAAUUUAAUGAAAUUUCAACGCCAAUUCCAUUUACAGUUAGCAAUGAUAGCUAAUUUUUGUCCUCAGUUAGAUUUGGGCUGCAAUUGCAGGCGCCCUCUGUGAGGUUGGUGAACAUGGGUCAACAGACAUGGGCAGUGGUCAGCCAUGUACAGUACAUCUGAUUAGAGUAUAAUCCUUUUGUAUUAUUUGUCAAGGUGGAAACGUAGCAGUCAUCAAUGGGCCGACAGGAGUAUGACUGAUAUAAUAAGUAGGUGUGAGGGGAGAAAGUGAAUGCCUUUUAGACUCUGCAAUUACUCCCCCAACCAGGACUUGUUCUGCAGCAUAUGUGACAUUCAUUACAGUUUAAAGCUACAGUCCAGGGUUUCAGAAAGUUCUGAAAAAUGGUAGGCUGAGCUUUCACUGCAAGAACCCAAGAACAACAUUUGAAGGUUAUCUUUCAGUUUAACUUGUUUGACUCUUAGUAGGGUGUGGUACUUGUCAAAUCAGGACUUAAAUGGUCUUAUUUUGUCCAGAAACUAAUAGUUAUAUGUAAGUAUUAUGCAUUUGGUAUCUUUAAGAACUGCUCUACAAAUAUCUGAUUGUAGCUUUAAAUGCUUUCUUUCUGUCACAUCAUUGGUCAGGGAUUUUUAUUUUUAAUGUUUACUUUUAACAUUUGCUCCAAAUGUGACAAAAGCUUUGGCCAAACAGAACUCAUUCAGGAAUACAGCAUACAGGGCACAAAAAGAGCAUAGAUUCUUCUAUUGCUGUGAUGUUUUCGAGCAGGACUUUGUUGUUUUUUUUUUAACAAUUACAGACAGAACUCUGUAUUUUGUGACUUCUUCCAUUCUUUCAGUCUUUCCGUUUUCAUUUCUUCAGUUUGUGCUUUGUCUUCUGUUUCUUUUUCUAGAGUGGUACAUGCAAAUCAUGUGACCUCUAAGCAGUUUAGUUUAAGUUUAUUUCUGUGUGAAGAGUUGAUCUUCGCAGGAUUGCAGUCUUUUUCUGUUCUUUUUUUGCAUGAUCUCUUACUUAAAUACUGACGGCAGCUGCAGACUCACCCAGAGCAGCAUUUUAUCUGGUAAAUGUGUCAAAGCUUGAAAAUAAAAUUCAAAUUUUGGUACAAAUCA